AACAUUUUGUUGAACAAAAAUAAAUUUCUACAUUAUUAUAAUUGUAAUAUAUUAAUGGAGACAAAAAAGAAACGCGGCUGUAAUUAUACAAGCUCGGAAAAAGAUAUGCUCAUAGAAUUAGUUAAAAAACAUCAACAUAUUAUUGAAAACAAAGAAACCAACUCGAACAUGAUUUUAAAGAAGAGGGAAGCGUGGACUAAUAUUUGCAAGCAAUACAACGCUGUUGCUGCUAGUGGGUGCCGAAGUUGGGAACAACUUCGGCAUCUAUAUGAAAACUUAAAGCAGCGGUCCAAAAAGAAUAUUGCUAAUGCUAAUCGGCAACAGUUUUAUGAAAAAACCAGAGUUGAUAUGAAAGAGGUGCAAAGUAAAGCAUCACUUGAUAAGAAAGAGAUAAAUCGUACUGGUGGUGGAUCCUAUAGGAGCACUAUUAGUGACCAUGAUGCACUAAUAUUAUCGAUGGUGGCACCUCAAGUACAACCUUUAGCGAAUCCGUAUGAUGAUGCAGCGCUUUAUUUUGGUGACACAGAAAAAAAUAAUUUUCCAGAUGAAGUUGAGGCAUCCUCUAAUAUAGUAUUAUAUGAAACUGUUAAUAUUGAUGAUCAAGAUUAUAUUGUAACAAACAAUACAAUCAUCACAGAAAAUAUAGAGCCAUGUACACAGUCAUCCAAUCUUCAGGAUGGUCAAGAUAAUAUUAUAACAAAUGAUAUUAGAAACACAGAAAAUACAGAGCGAUGCACAGUGACGUCCAAUCCAAGGGGUGACCAAGAAAUCAUAACAUUUAAUACAUCAAAGAAGCGUAAGCUUUUAAGGUCUACUUCCAAUCCUUCUGAACAAGUUAAACAUAAUUCUAAUUUAAAGGAUCAAUAUUUUAAAAUUAAAGUUCAAAAUGCAAAAAUAGAAAAGAAAUAUCUAAUAAACAAGAAUAAAAUGGCUAUAAACAAGUACAAAUUGGAAAUGGAAAUUCUAAAAUUAAGAUUAAAGAGAAUGCAACCUUCCAAAAAAAUUAGUACUGUAUAA